AUGGUGAACACAAAGACAAUUCGCGUGCCCCACCUGGGAGGCAUCGAUGCAGCAUAUCAAAUGCCUCGGGAGUAUGAUCCUGCAAAGCCGACCGUCGUCUUGGUGAAUGCGUUUACCACAUCUUCCGAACUUUACCGCGACCAAUUUGAUAACGUGGAAUUGGCCGACAAGAUAAAUCUCGUUGCGAUCGAGCUCCUGGGCCAUGGACAGACACGCACGGCACGGGAACAUUGGACGUACUGGGACACUGCGGAGAUGAACCUGCAGGUAUUGGAUGCUCUUAACAUUGACCAUGCAUUCGUUCUGGGAACCAGCCAGGGUGGUUGGGUCACGGUGCAAAUGGCCUUGCUGCGACCUGAAAAGAUUCUGGGAAUCAUUCCGAUGGGCACUUCCAUGGACUGUGAAUCGGAACGUACCCGCCAGCUGGAUUGCUGGGAUGGUCCGGCGAUCGUAUCGGGAUUUGUGAAACAGUGGGCAAGCAGUGAGGCCACGUCCAACUUUGAACCUGACGAUGGGUAUUGCGAUGCAGUCAUCAACAUUGGGUUCAACCAAGUGGCACCAGAGGUGCGGGAGUUCUGGCACAAGACGAUCAAGUCCAACUAUCAGGGCGAAGAGGGCCGUCGACGAAUCCGCAUGGCUGCGAUUAAUUUGGCAGAGCGUGGAGGAUUGCAUCUUCGACUCUCCGACAUCCAGUGCCCGGUAUUAUGGUUGCAUGGUACUAAAGAUGCGGUUUAUACCAUCGCCAAUGCGAAGGAAGAAAUCCAACUCUUUACCCGUUCCCCAUCCGCGACUUUGGUCCCGGUUGAGGGAGGAGCGCACUUCCUGAACGCGUCACACCCUCGAGAAGUGAACGCAGCCCUUUUGGAGUUUGUGAAUCAGCACAAAUGA